AUGACCACCAAGUUAACUCCAGUCUUUUGUGAAUCCGCUCCAGCUGCUGCUGCUUCAUACUCCCAUGCUAUGAAGGCAAACAACUUGAUUUACACUUCUGGCCAAAUCCCAAUGACUUCCGACAACAAGCUGGUUGAAGGAUCCAUAGCUGAUAAAGCAGAACAGGUUAUUCAAAACAUCAAAGACGUUUUGGAAGCAAGCAAUUCUUCUUUAGAUAGAAUCAUCAAGGUUAACAUUUUCUUGGCUGACAUUAAAAACUUUGCUGAAUUUAACACUGUUUACGCAAAGUAUUUCACCACCCAUAAGCCUGCUAGAUCAUGUGUCGCUGUUGCUGCUUUGCCAUUAGGCGUUGAUAUGGAAGUCGAAGUCGUUGCUGCUGAAAGAGAUUAA